UUAAAAGUCCAGUAAUUAUAAAAAGUAAUACUCUAAAGUAUGAUUUGAUUUCAUAAUAACAAAUGAGAAGUCAAUUUUACAUUAGUCUAAGAUUAACUUUUUUUAAUUAAAUAAUUGACAAAAAAGGGAUAUAUUAUUUUUUUUAGGAGUUCAGGCUAAUAUGUUUUACUAACAUAUAAUUAAUUUAGAUGUACACAAUGGACAUAGAUCUAAAAAAUCGUAAUGAUUGGGAAAAAAGAAGAAAAAUUAGAAUAGUUCAAGUAAGAAAUCAGUCAAAAGAAAUUUCCAAAAAAAUUCGAGAUAGUGUUUUUUAUUCUACUAAAAAUGAAUAUGAAGACCUUGAGAUAGAAAGAUAUCAAAAUGAACAAAAAUAUAAGUCAUUAAUUUUAAAUAAAUUAAAAAGUGAUUUUAGUUAUUUAAUCCAAGAUAUAGGUAAUGGGUAUUCAUUAGCUUCAGAAGAGGGCAACCCUAACAUACAGUUAGCUGAAAAAAGAUUAAUAAACCGUUAUAAAGCACUCUCUAGAGGAGUAGAAGCUAAAAAGAAACAAGAUCACAUGAUGGAAAAUAUAAAAAUGGAUUUAGAAAUGAAAGAAAAAAAAGCUCAUUAUAUUAAAACAGUAGAAAAAAUUCGUUCUUCAUUAAUUACAAGUGUUCCGAAAGUUGGUUAUGAUGUUGACCUAAAAAAUAACAAAAAAAACAGAUGCAUUCUUAUUCAGAGUCAAACUAUUUUAGAUGAAUCCAGCAUUUCUGAUUAUAGCUCUAUGAAGUCAAAUAUUUCAAAACCAUGGUCCAGAUCAAUUAAUAAAGAAAAUGAAGAACCUAAUAAUUUAAAAUCUAAGUUAGAUAUUGAACCUGAAAAAAACAAAGAAACUGUAUUUAAAUUCACUCAAUUGGAAAAAAAUAUAGAAAUGUAUAAAACUUUAGUUGAUCAAUUGAAAAAAUUAUCUUCAGAAGAACAAGAAAUUUGUUGUAAAACACAGAAUAUCCUGUCUGCAAACUUAAAAAAUGAUUCAAAAGAAAUUAAAAAUCAAUAUGAAGAUAUGCAAAAUAAACAUGUAAGUGACAGUUCCAAAGUAAAUUGUGCAAGGAAAUGUAUGGAAAAUAUGGACUUAAAUGAUUUAAAACUAAAUUCUUCAAUUUGUUCUUUAAAAAAGAUUGAUAAAUGCAUUAAUGAAAAGAAUAAUUUAGUUGAGUUCCCAGAUAGGCAUGAAAAACAUUUAAAAGUAAUUCAAAAUACACAAAAAAAAAAAAUUCCAUUAGCCAAUAUUAAAAGUAUGUUAGAUCAUAUUGAUACAAAAAAAAAAAAAUUAUCUGAUGAGCUAUAUAAAAAUUUAAAAUAUCCAACAAAAUCAGCAAAAAUACAAAGAAUAUGUACGUCAAUUAAACCAACUAAUACUGCUAGUUUACCAAAUAAAAGUACUAUAAAUAUUGAUAAACAUACUACUUCUUCCAAAUCUAAAACUAUGGUGAAGCAAAAUUCAAAGGAAAAAAACAAAAAUGAUUUAUUAAAUUAUAAGCCAAAUAUUGAUAAUGAUUUGAUGAGGUACAUUAAUAUGUUGUUAAAAAUGAGUCCAUCGGAUGUUGCCAAUCUCUCUAUAUCAACUUCAUCCAACUCAAGCGAUAUAAGUGGAAAAAGUGUACUUAAUGAAUCAAAUGAUAAUUUAGAAUAUUAUAAAAAGUUACAUAAUGAAAUAUUUAAAUUAACCAAAGAAGUACCUAAUAUAAGUAAAGAUAUUGAUCUUGAUUCGCCCAAUAAUAUCAGAGUUCUAAACUGUCUCCAAAAAAUAACGGAAUGCUACAUAGAACCAACAAAAGAACUAAAACAUAUUUGUGAAGAAUCUCCACAAGACCUAUCUGAAAUUUCAAUCAUAUCCACUAAUAAUAAAAUUCAAAAUAUAUCACAAGAAAGCCCUAAAUAUUCAUCAUCAAUAGACGAAAAUUGUAUUUUAGAACACUUGAGCACACUUUUAAAAGAAAAAGGACUUAUACAACCAAACUAUGAUUGGCCAAUGUUUGAAACCAGUAAUAAUGAUGAUGAUAAAAGUUUAACUGAUUUACUUUUAGCUGUAAAUCCAGUAAAAUCAUUUUGUAAAUAAAACAAAUUAGCUUAAUCAUUGCAUUAAUAAUAAUAUAAAGUAAGAGGUAAUUAUAAUUUAAACUAUAAAUUAUUGAUACAUAAUGAUAUACUAAAUUUUACAAAAUGCAGUUUCUUUUAAAUAUUGAAGUUUUAAAGAGCUAAUGUUUGUAUUUCUUAUUCUAAAAAAAUUCAUUCAAUAUGAAUAGAUUAAAUAAUAUUAAAAACUUUUGUAUAAGAAAAAUUUUAAUUAGUUAAGUGUAAAAAAACAAAUAUAAAAUCAAUUUUAAUAGUUCAUAUAUAUUUAUUUUUUUAAUAAUGUAUAUUAUAAUACUGUUAAUAUUUACAUUUUACCAUUAUUAAAAAUAUAAAUUAACUUUAAAAAAAAAUUUUUUUUCUUAACCAAUCCUUAAUGAAUUUAACUAUUUAGUAUUAAUGUAAAAUGCUUUAUUGAUAAUAUAUUAAUACAUUCUAUAAAUAAACACUUAAAAUUAAAACUUCAGGUAACUUAAUAUAAGAUGAACCAAAUUUCAAAACUUUUUUUUAUUGACAUCAUCAAAAAUUUCCAAUUUAAUGGUCCAGAAUUACUAGUAUAUGAUCACCUCUGGAGUUUCAACAGACAGUUAUCCACUCAUUGAAUUUGAUGUCUACUACCCACAGACAGUUUUGUUAAUUUCACCAAAUAAACAUUUAAUUCCCUUCUUAUAGUCUUACUCCUCUAGAAAAAUUUUUUUGUGAAAUAUGAAUUUGUUAAUAUUUUUAAUAUAAUUUUAAAUAUGUCAAGUAAAAUUUUUUCAAAAACAAAUCGUAAACCAAUGUUCUUUAAAAACAAAUUGAGAUUGAUAAAACUAAUGUACCAUCUGUGCCCAAGUAAUCAUUAAAUAACUGUUUGCCAAAACUCUGGAGGUAAUCAUAUGCUAGAUGUAAUUUUCGCUCAUUAAAUCGAAAAAUUUUGAGAAUUGCAAACAAUACAUUUCAAGAUUAUUUAAGAAGUUAAAAAAUUGACAUAAUCUUUGUUUAAUUUGUAUAUUAAACAGUUGGGUAUUACCCUUUUUUUUAUUUAAAA